UGUCGUGGGGGUUGCGGGGCGGGAUGCUCGCUCGUCAGCGCGUGGGGGCGUGGUUUAGUCGGCGGAAUAAUGCGAUGCUCAGCCGGGAAAGAGAUUCAGUGUGCACGCGCGUGCCGAGGGAGAGCGCAGCCGGCGAAGAAGCCGAUCACCUCGGAGUGAUGGAAAACAUUCAGCUCUUCCUGUACACCUUCCUUGUGUCUCACUACUUGUGGAACGUCGUCUUCAUCUUGUGGCUUUCCGUCAGCGGGACGCCCACGGAGCUCACCAACUAUGGAUUGUCUCAUUGAAGUUGGAGAGGACGAGCAGAGAUGCACGCGUCCUAGUCGUUAUGGACAGUUGUGAAAUUCUUGCGCUUCUUCUUCUGCGAACCCAAGCAGGAUUUCCGCAGGAUAUCUGUUUCACAUCACGCCUCAGCCUGAAAUGCUCAAUGUUUUGGUAUUUGUGGUUGGUGAAAGCGGUUGUUAGAAUCGUGCAUACGUAACGGCGCGUACCUUCUAUUUUUUUUUUUGCGUUUCCUUUUUUUUUGUGGGGGUUGGGGGUUAUUUGCAGUCAAUCGAUUAGAUCCACUCUGCCAAGUGAACUUUCAUUCGUCCCUUUGGAAGAAGUCAGCCAUGGCUCUACCAGAUAGUGGCAUAUCCGCAGAGGAGGUACCCUUCACCGAGAUCAUUGAGUUGAACGUCGGCGGUCAGGUGUACAUAACUCGCUACUCCACAUUGACAAGUGUGCCAGACUCUCUUUUGUGGGAGAUGUUCAGUCGGAAGUCAGCCAAAGGACUGGCCAGGGACACCAAAGGGCGUUUCUUCGUGGACCGGGAUGGCUUCCUUUUCCGCUACAUCCUGGACUACAUGCGGGACCAGCAGCUGGUCCUUCCAGACCACUUCCCCGAGCGCGGGCGGUUGCAACGGGAGGCCGAGUUCUUCAACCUGCCCGAGUUGGUCAAGCAACUGGCACCCAAAAUCAGCAAGCAGAACUCGAUGGGUGACGACGGAUGUCAGAGUGACCCGGAGGACUCCUCGCCCGGGGCGGAUGCCGCCCGGAAUCUGGGCUCACUUGGCGCAGCGGCGGCAGCCUGCGCCAGUUUAGCGCCCGGCCCCGUGGACGCGAAGCGGUCCGGCUUCAUCACCAUCGGUUACCGAGGUUCGUACACCCUGGGCCGCGACACCCACACCGAUGCCAAAUUCCGUCGGGUGGCUCGGAUCAUGGUCUGCGGUAAGACCUCCCUGGCCAAAGAGGUCUUCGGGGAAACCCUGAACGAGAGCCGCGACCCGGACCGCCCCCCGGAGCGCUACACCUCCCGCUACUAUCUCAAGUUCACCUUCCUGGAGCAGGCCUUCGACAAGCUGGCCGACGCCGGCUUCCACAUGGUUGCCUGCAACUCCACGGGGACCUGCGCUUUUGCCCACGAGCAGACGGAUGACAAGAUCUGGACCAGCUACACUGAAUAUGUUUUCUACCGUGGCUCAUCAGUGAUCCCCAAGGCCAACACAACUUCAGAUUUCCGCGUUCUCCCUGAAGCGGCCACGUCCAAACCUCAGGAUGAAUCGGCCCCAGUGGAGCCCGGAAGCGCCAGCGGCAUCAGCAACGGCGGUCGAACCCAAAGCCUCCCAGAAAGCAGCAGUGUCCCAUCGCCGGAUGUGAAAGAACCACGAGCCCUCAACUCCCCUCCUCCUCCACCCUCCCCUGCACUCCCUUCUCCUCCAUCACUUCCCCCGGGAAGUCCAGAACUCCCCCCUCCGCCUCCCCUUGUCCCAACUCGGAUGCUGCCAUCACCCAAAUCUUCCCCUUCCCCGAGUCUUCCCUCGACUCCGCCUCCCGCCGAGAGCCCCCAGCGCCCAACCAACCUCCACCUAAAGACGCUGCCCCGCCUUCUCCCGCGAGAGAAUGGAGGGCCUCCUACUGUGGUGAAUGAAGAUGAGGAGGAGAGAAAGAUGCUGGAGGAGGAUCUAAAAAAAUGCAUUGAUGACUACAAAAAGAUCCGCUUGCCCAGAGUAUUUCCAGAUCGUAAGAGGCAUUGGCAAAACGACUUGCUGAAAAAGUACAAUGCGUAGUGUGCAUCAGUUUGGACUGUCCCUUUUCUACCAAUCAUGAGUAAAGUUGACCAUAUUUUCACAGCGCUUGCAUCCGCCUCUGGCGACCACCGUCGGCAAGAUCCCUUCGGCUCUACAGCUAGAUGCCAUCAGCAAGGCAGUAUACUGACGCACAAAGCUAGUCUACUUGUUAACGACACUCACGUUUGUCCAAGGUUAUUCUCUUAAUAAUAUAAUAAUAAUAUACAGUACACUUGUGUUCAACAAUUAUUCAAUCAUUAAAUAUCCCAGCAGUGCAUCAUUGAACGUGCAGUGCUGUCAUUUUAGAAUUUGCUCUUGACAUGACUCGACAUGACAUCGUCAAUAACAAGCUCUGGGCGGGUAGCUCUGAUUCCAUUCUGCAAUUUAUUGUGCCGCAGUCGAUGUAACAAAGUUUAAUUAACGCAACAUACAAAUGUACAAAAAUUGUAAAGGUAUUAUUCCUGAAUAUUCUUUUUGACUUUCAAGUUUUUAUUGGCAUUAAUUAAAAUGAAUUUUAACGGGAUUAUUUUUUUCUCGCGAGAUUAACGCGGCACACGUCACAAGCGGAUGUUACGGUGCUCUAUAAAUACACCAGAAACAAAACAACAAGCGGCGCUGCAGAAGUCCACGCCCAUGUCUGUUUUACCAGCCACGGCAGUGCGAGACACCGAAAACGGAUACUUAAAGAUUUUAUGAAUGGAAAGUUUACUUUUAAAAAGUUGCCAGAUUGCUCCACUGACAAGACCAAAGUUAUCUGUUCUUCUCUCUCUCUGUAUCAUACAGGUACAUGAUGUAUGACACUGACGCGAUUGUUACUUGUUUGGAACUAUUUUGUGUGGAAGGUUACCGUGUUCUGCGUUCAUAUAAAUAGAGCGGGUGGAGCUUCUCUGUGUUUGACAGUGGUAGCGACCUAGCGAAAAUAAAACGUCUCCAAAAUAUUUUUUUCACUGUUGUUGAUGGACAGUAUUGUGUGAGAGAUUAUGUGUGAAUAACUGCUCCAAGUGAAAAAUGUUCAUGUAAAAUUGAAAAUCGAAAUUGUUAUUUUAGUAAAUAUUUGCAUUUGGCACAUAGAAAACUGAUUCAUGAUUCCAUGUUGAUGAGAGCAUUAAAAUGGGGGAAAAAUAGGACAAAAAAUUUAAAAGGAAAUUCAGAAACGAUAAAAAUGUGUGAGUAAUCACGAUAAAUUUUUUGUUCAUUUGAGUUAAUUAUGACAGUUGCAUUUUUAAUUAGAUUAAUUAUUUUAAUCGUUUGACAGCUCUAAUAUAUAUAUAUAUAUAUAUAUAUAUAUAUAUAUAUAUAUAUAUAUAUAUAUAUAUAUAUAAAACAUGAAUUUCAUAUCACACAAUUUUUAUACUGGUACUUUGAUUUAAAGAUGACAAUACGCAAAAAUCUACAAAAAUUUUAGAAAUUGUAACACAAGGGUUGUUAAAAGUAAUAUCGAUCAGAGUAUGACUCUGAAGUGCAGGGCACGGCAGGGUAUUUGUUACGGUUGUGAAGUCCUUUGUUCCUAAAAUUGGUUCGUUAAAUUACAUCUUUCAUUUAUUUAUUGUCAAUACAGUGGACCAUUGCUAUUCGCAGGGGAUAAGGAUCAGCCCGCCCGGGAAUAUUCUAAAAAAUCCACGAACAAUCCACGUACAAGUGACUUCCAUUGAAAUCCAGUGGAGAGGGAAAAAAAUAUAUUUAUUUUUCUUUUUUUCAACCUCCCAAAAUACCUACCAAAAAAAAAUACUCAUCGGAGUGGGAAUGGGGAAAAACACGCAGGGAUCCAGUGUAAUAUAAAGCAAACGUUGAUUUUAUACAUGUUUUUUAAAAAAAGAUUAAAUAAUUUGUUUCAUUUAUUUCAUGUGAAUACAAUUUUAAAAAAUGUAACCGAGUUUACAUUCACAAUGAAAAAUAUAUUUGAUGAAAUCAUUGAAACAUGAGGAUGAAAUGUUAUUUUUGCAAAUACUUUCACACACAUCACUUCAACUUUCUUUUUUCCCCUAUCUACACCUGACCUGGACCGUUUCUGUCCUGACACAAUUUUGUGCCAUUAGAGAUCAUCAUGCUUGUUUUAAAUGCACAUUUUUAUCCUGUGUUUUAAGCUCUUGUAAAGUGUCUUUGAGUGGGAUGAAAAGCGCUUUCAAAUAAAAUGUAUUAUUAUUAUUAUUACCAUUGAUUAGUCAUCAAUGACCAGUUUAUCUUUGUUCAUCCCCGCUCCAGAUAGUGACAGGAAGAACAAUGACUGUAAAUAGUCUGCCCCUCAAGAUGGCAGAAGCUACAGCUCCUGAGAGUAUAUCAUCGGCUUUGUGUUCAAUGAAACAGUCGCAGAUUUCCCAACGAGGAAGUUUGCCAGUUCUGUUUGGGGGGUGUGCAGACAACACAAUUCUCUUCUACUUAGAGAGCAGACAUAGAAGGUGGCUAUUUACAGCCAUAAUGGACAGAGAUUAGAAAAAGUUGGGGAGUUGCAAGCAAGGCAGCCAAACCAUUCGUACAAGUGCUGCUACUUGGAACUUCUCCCCUUGAAAUUUUACGUGUUUAAACCCCCCCCCCCCAAAAAAAAACACUAGUAUACAUUUUUAAUUGCUUCCGUGAGAGUCGAGAACGGGUAGAGCAAAAAAGGAGGUUGAAAAUCAGUUUGUUAUUUUGACUCUUAACACGCACGUCAUGUCAUGAAUUAUUUUGGUGUCAGAACUGACUAUGUGAUCUAACGGGAAUGUGGGAAAAUAUUGUAUUGAGUUAACAAAGAUUGGGUUGACAGAGCAUGUUCCUGGACCAUAUGGAGUCUUCAGUGAAUCUAUGACGCACAAUUUUGAUUCGUGGAGGAAGACUGGUGACUCACAUUCAACAUUUAUCAAACCACACGUCUGGAAAAUGAAGCUAUAAAACGAUGUUUUGAGGACUGAAAUUCCUGUCAAACCCGUCAAUGUGGAGUUAAAAGCUUUUUCUGUCUCCAAUGCUUGUGAUUAAAGGCUGAGUCCGUUUUGUCCAUU